AUGCAUGGCGACAUACCAGAGGAAGUGGAUAAGGAGCUGUCGUUAAAUAUGGAGCAAUCCGCAGGAUUGCCGGCUGUGCGAGUUGGUGCGUGGACUUUCGAGGUAGUGGGUGCAUCCGGAGCACACUACUCUGUGGAUCUCCAGAAAAGGACGUGUACAUGCCUCGAAUUUCAGUGUCUUGAAUACCAUGUCGGCACGCAAUUUCUGCUGCCACAGUUGAUGGACGACAUUCACAAGAAGCCAACAUGGUUAUCCUCAAUAUCAUGUAUCACAUUCCCCAUCCCUGAUCCAGACAAUGUUGAUGUUCCCCAGUAUAUUCUCGACCUACCGGAGACCAUGUUCCCGAAGUUGAAGCGACCUCCUGGAAGGCCAGCGAAGAAAAGGAAAAGGUCCGCUGGUGAAUACCCGGUUCCGGAAGGCGGUACGGCGAAAAAGAAGAAACACAACAAGUGUAGUAUAUGCCACAAAGGCGGGCAUAACCGGAGGUCGUGCAAGGAACCACUCGACUGA